ACAUGAUGGGUAGCCCAAGGCUGAUGUGAGUGCUGUGUUUCUGUGGCGCCUCUGUGCGUUCCACCGAGGUACUUGUCCACCCAGCCCUGUCGAGUUGGGAGAUGAUAAGCUUGUGCUGCAGAGGACGUGUCUCCCUCAGCUAUCUCGGUACCCGGCAUCGUCCGUGUGUUUUGAGGCCGUUGUUCUGGCUGUCCCUGGUCAUUUGAUAAUCACGACGGCGUUCCCUUUCCCCCUGAAUGGAGCAGGGACCUGGCGCGGCGACCGGGGGGAGUUUCAUUUCCCUGAGCGAGAACGAACAAAGAUGUUACUCAGGACUGUAUACUCUGUGCCAAGCUGACAGCUCGGGCAAACUAGCAUCGAGCAAAGUGGGAGAGCUGUUCAGGGCAUCCCAGUUGCCGGCUGAAACCCUACAUCAAAUCACAGAGGUGUGUGGAGCUAAGCGACUAGGCUACUUCGGCACCGGCCAGUUCUACGUGGCGCUGAAGCUCCUGGCUGCGGCACAGUCUGGCCUGCCCGUCCGCCUAGAUAGCAUCACGGGGGACCUGCCCCUUCCCAUAUUCUCGGGGGCGAAGAGCGAGGCAGAGAUGCGCUACCCCAACCACUCCCAGAGCAGCGACGGCCAGGCUCAACCGCUCGGCUCCACGGCAGGGCCCGCCCUGCGCACCGCCUCCGACAGACCCGCCUUCAGACAGCCAGACAACAGCAUGGACAAACAGGAGCCGUGGUCCCCGCCUCGUUCUCCCUGCACAUCUCCUCCUCAGUCUCCCUCCACCUACUGCCGCUACAGCGUCCAGAGAAACGGCACCGAGAUGUUAGUGGGGUAUGAGGGCAAGCCCCCGACCCGACCCGCCGUGCUCCAGGAGAACUCCUCGCCCAGUCACUACGCGGUCAAGCCUGCGCCAGAACAACCAGCCAUCACACGGGCUCAGUCCACAGAGAAGCUCCCAGACCGGGCCACAGACGACUACUCCGACGACCCCUGGAGGAUCACGGAGGAACAGCACGACUACUACACUAACCAGUUCAAGAAUCUGCAGGCUGACCUGGGAGGUCUCAUCCGGGGAACUGUUGCAAAGAACUUCUUCACCAAGUCGAAGCUUCCCAUACACGAACUUUCCCAUAUAUGGGAGCUGAGUGAUGUAGACCGUGACGGAGCGCUCACAUUCCCAGAGUUCUGCACGGCGUUUCACCUCAUCGUGGCUCGGAAGAAUGGGUACCCGCUCCCCGAAAAGCUCCCCCCAUCCCUGAGACCCGGUCCUAUCGCGCGCGGGGAGGUCACGGUGGACUCAGCUGAGAUCACUCAACCACUCAUUGUGUUCGAGGACACCACACUGAGAGCCACCCAGCAGGAGAAAAGCAUGGUUGAAAUACAGCAGGGGACUCCUCUGCCAGGCCUGACCACAUCAAAGCAGGACGUGAAGGAAGAGGCCAGGAAGCCAGAACUGAGCCCAAAGCGAGCCCCGGCGACCCAGGAGAAGCCCGUCCAGCACGUCAGCGCCUUCAACCUCAAACCAGAUCCCCCAAAUGAGUUGGAUCCCAACAUGAAGUCACGAACACGGCCCAGGUCCUACUCCAGCACCUCCAUAGAUGAUGCCAUGAAGAAGGCGGAGGAGCCUCCCACACCUCCACCCCGGCCCCAGAAGAGCCACUCGCGCGCCUCCUCUCUGGACCUCAACAAGCUCUUCCAGCAAGGCAGCCAGGGUAGGCAUGCAGUGGGGGCUCUCUUCCAGCAGGGCAGCCAGGGUAUAAAGAGUGGCUGGUUGCCCCCUCCACCAGCUCUCCCUCCAAGACCCCCAGCUACACAGAUCCCACACUUCAUCCCUGCCGCAGACAAGAGUUCCCAGAAGGCCGUGCAGCAGCCCAACUUCGCAGACUUCAGCAGGUUCAGAGAGGAGGAGGAGGCAGGUGUACACCCUGAGAACCAGAAUCAGAGUCCCCUCCGUAGGGCAGCAGGCCCCAGCACAGAGGACCUGGGACCACCCAAAGCGGAGCCUUCAGUGGGCACCCAGGGCCACGCCCCUCAGAAGCCAGUGCGCAGGAAGUACCGGCCAGAGAGUCAGAACCUAGACGCCACGCCACCCGCCAGCGCCCCCUACCCCUCAACACCCGCCAGCACCCCCUACCCCUCAACACCCACCGCCACCGCCACCACCAAACCAGCACAGAAGUUGGCCCCCAGGCAGAAGCGAGAGAUCCAGACAGCCAUCAGGAAGAACAAGGAAGCAAACGCCGUGCUGACCCGCCUCAACAGUGAGCUCCAGCAGAAGCUCAAGGUGGUUCAUCAGGAGCGAGUGACUCUGGAGUCCCAGCUGGAGGUUCUCCGACCUUUGACCUCCUCGUGACCUGGUCUGCCACGCCGUGUCACUGCCGAGACAGCAGUCAAAGCAUAGCCUCCACCUAUGUGGCCCAGAAAUGUCCCCUUCACAACACACAAACGGAAGUCAGCAGCCAAGAUGUCACACUCAAAGAGCUUCCUUCCAACACAGCAGCAGAGCAGCCAUGUCUCUGAUGUCUGACACUAGCUCAAAGGACUGACUGACUGACUGACUGACUGACUGGAAUUUUUUAUCUCAGAGGAUUCGCUCUGAAAUAUCUGUUGAUAAAUGGUAAUGAGGCUAAACUGCUCUGUAAUCACAAGUUGUCUAAAGUGGCAUUCCCCAAUCUCUGUAGCACAAAGACCCAGGAGGUGCCGGAGGUACCGAGGUCAUUGAAGAGAAGAACUGGUCAAAAUGAAACUAGUAGCUCAAGGUACAAUAUAAUAACCUAACCUACUAUGCUCUCGUUGUUUUAGUGUGACUGUCCACAAUGACUGUUACAUAUACGGCGUUAAAGGGCUUUUUAAUGUGUCCCUGUCAUGCUGACUUGCAGAUUGAUGUUAUUGUGUCGUUGAAACUGUUUCGUACUUCUGCCUGAUUUUGAGUUGUGUUGAUGGGUAAUGAUAGAGUCCUGAAGUGAAACAUGUUCAGCACAGCCUGUCUCUAGCACCAUGCUCUCACACUGGCCAGACAGACUCCCCUGUCUGCCAGGUAACGCUAGUGCCUCUAGCCUGUCACUGCUGCAGAGAUCAGUACACUUCACAGAGUAAUGCAUCCAUAUUCAAAUGGUGCAGGUUAAGUCACCAAACCUGAAUGUGUGUGUGUGUGUGUGUUUGAGGGUAUGUGUAUGUUUGCAAAAAAUUAACGAUGGUGCUAGCCAUGUAUCCCUAACAGUAAUGUGCUGGUGUGUGUGUGUGUGUGUUUGUGUGUUUGUACAGAACUCUGAACAGUAAAAACAAAUUAUUUUCAUUUUUGACAGAAAACACUCAGAGAGCAUGUUCCGUGGCAGGGCAAAUGUUGGGUGCAUAUGCAAUGUUAUAUUUCUUAGAUUGUACAUAGACAUUGAUGCUUUACUCUUGAAUGACCUUUGCACAGUGAGCAUAUCUCUGAGAUGAAAGUGAUAGAGAAUGAUUGAUUAAAUGUGUUUAAUGUUGCAAGAAAGUCUUGUUUUGAUUCUUUUUCCCCCCACAUUUUUACUUCCAAAUUAUUCCUUCAAUGUUCAUGAUGUUUAUUUAUUUUCUUAGAUGUGUUGUUGUUGUUCUUGUUGUUGUUCUUGUUGUGCAGUGUUCUGUUUUCUCCUGGACAACAUUCUAUAAGAGAAAGUGAGAGUAAUUAUGGUGACAAUAGAUGGUCUUGAUUAAAGGGCAGUGAUUUGAUUUGAACAAACAAAAUCUGUGAAAAGUACCCAAAACAAAAAUAUGAAUUACGAAUGUUUGAAAGAAAUGUAUUUUUUUCUAAAAAAGCAAUGCCUGUAUGUGCUUGAUUAUUUUCUAUGCAAAAUGAAUGUAUUGGCCAAGCUUGCAUUUUGGCCUUAUUUUUUGAUACAUCUCAUGUGUACAUAGAGAAACCUGACCAUGUUUCCACUAUGUGGCUCAAUAAAAUAGUUUGUGAA